ACACCUUAUACGAAAGACAUUCUGUCGGCCAUUUUAAAGUGGAAAAAAUGUGUUCGAAGCAGGAAGCGGAGUUGUCGGACCUAACCGUCGAAGCGGAGGUUUUAGAUACGGAAGAAGUGGCCGUGGUAGACCUUCUCACCUCAUUUGGAUUAUCGUUAGAUGUUAUUGGUUUGUUCAUAGAUAACCGCUACACUCUCGAGUCGUUGAAAAUUGUGGAAAGGAAGGAGCUGGAGGAAUUAAUCCAAUCUCCACAUCUGGCUGAAAGAUCCAAGUGCAUUUUUGGGUUAAAUUCUUGGCGAGAGAAACAGGGAAUUCAUCCUGUCACAUGCAUAAAAUGUCAGCAUUCGUCAACGUCUGCUGCAGCUGACCUUCCACCGGAAAUAUCUCGUGAAAAGUGCACAGCCACUUAUUUGUUGAACACGUCUUCAAAAGGUCGCGGGAUUAUUGAAAAUUAUAAACAAACUGGUUAUCUGACCCGGACGAACAAGAAGGCUAUCACUCACAUCAUCAUUGACGAAUUCAAGGAUCGGUUUUCAAAAUUAACACCAGUUGAACUCUUGGGCAGGUCAUUGGAACUGAGCCAGAUAUUCCCGAGUGAACCACAGGAUACUUGGUACCAGCCUGCAUCAAAAUAUAGCAACGGUCAGACAAUCAAAAAACGCAAGGUGGCUAGAGGUUGCUUGUACGAUCGGAACGUGAACUAUAAAGGGUGUUCCAAACACUUGGCUUCGUUGACUGAGAGUGAAGGUUCCUCAUCACGGGUAACUAACGAAUCCAUCGAGAUUUUUUCGGAAAAUCAAUGUGCGGAAUACGAGAAUGUUAAAAAAUGGUUUUUGCAUAACAUCGAUGAAUGGGAGGAGUUAAAAAAAAGAUGGAAGUCAACUAGUGCGAUUCGAUUGUGGGAACUACUCAAGCUAUCAAUCCGGACAUGCGAAACCAUUUUGGCAGAAUAUCCUACUCUCAAUAACAGUUGUGGAUAUCAAUUGGUUCAAAUCGAUUUCGAGCAUAAGCAUCCGAAUAAAGUGACACUUCUUUUUGAGCGGUGGGCGAGUUUUCUAGAGGGGAUUCGGCCAAUAUUUGAUCUUGAAAUCUCCGAUGCAGAUGGAAGAGCAUUGUUGGAUUCAAUAGAUAAGGGGGAGUUAUCAGAAGGUUAGUGAUAUAGGUCCGAUCUGUUACUGGAGUUUUGCAAAAUAAUAUGCUGAUAUCUAAUAUCACAUGCUAGAACAUGACAUUCGAUUUUAAUAAUCCUAACUUUUGAAAUUUCAGAUGCAAGAGACGUCGCAUUUGUUCAGUUGUUGGCACACCUGUUACCAUGCAUGCACAUUUCUGGAAAAGCAUUCGGCAAAAAAAGGUGGAAACCUUCUGUUCUAGAAGCGAAAGAGAGCAUUGCAAUCAAUAUUACUAAUUUUGUACAGUUGGAUGAAACACUGGCUCGGUU